GGAGAAAAGUUUUUCAGACCCCCUCCCCUGUAUGUUUUUGUUGGGGGAAAAGUUGUUGGUAGUUAGGUCGUGUGAAUGUAGCGUGUCCGUCGUGUUUCGCCCCUCGGUAGCAGCGGGAAUGCGAGUGUUUUGCUUCCCUGAAGUCGGAGAGCGAGCUUGUGAGCAGGGCAACGACGCUUUACGUCCUCUGGCUCGGACUGAAAAAUCUCAGUGGCCAUCAUCGUUUCACCUCUGCCGUCUCGUUAGCCACCUAGCUAGCUCCGCCGCUAGCUAACUACCCAACAAAGUUAACGCUACCUCGCCUCAUAGUGUGUUUCUUGUGGUGACUCCCAGCUUGGGGGUUGGAGGGAAAAAAAGCAACCGUAAGGAUGGCAGAAACCAAAAUAAUUUAUCACAUCGACGAAGAGGAGACGCCGUAUUUGGUGAAGAUACCUAUUGCUGCCGAAAAUAUCACUUUGCUGGAUUUUAAACAGGUCUUGAACAAGCCAAACUACAAGUUCUUCUUCAAGUCUAUGGACCAGGACUUCGGGGUGGUGAAGGAAGAGAUUUCUGAUGACAGUGCCAAGUUGCCAUGUUUCAACGGCAGAGUGGUGUCAUGGUUGGUUUCGUCGGACACUCCCGCAGCAGAGCCCCCGGUGGCAGUGGUCCCCCCUGCGGAAACAACAGCCCAGCCUUCGCCCCCUCCUCCGCCACUCCCACCCCCACCUGUAGAGAGGACUGGGGGCAUCGGGGACUCCAGACCGCCCUCUUUCCACCCCAACGCUACAGGCAGCGUGGAGACCUUGGACGACCAGACCGAGACAGAGUCUGUAGUUUCCUUCAGGAGAGAGAGGCCUCGGCACAGAGAGAGCAUGGAGCAACACGGGCCUCGUAUGAACGGCCAGACUCGGCUUGAGCGCCACCUGGCGGGAUACGAGAGCUCCAGUACAGUGAUGAGCAGCGAGCUGGAAACCACCAGUUUCUGUGACUCGGAGGACGACGACACCAUGAGCAGGUUCAGCAGUGCGACAGAGCAGAGCACGGCUUCCAGGCUUCUGAAACGGCAUCGUCGACGCAGGAAACAGCGCCCCCCACGCUUGGAGAGGGCGUCAUCCUUCAGCAGCGUGACAGACUCCACUAUGUCCUUAAACAUCAUCACCGUCACUCUCAACAUGGAGAAGUACAACUUCUUGGGCAUCAGCAUUGUGGGCCAGAGCAACGAAAGAGGAGACGGAGGCAUCUACAUCGGCUCCAUCAUGAAGGGAGGAGCUGUGGCUGCAGACGGACGCAUCGAACCUGGUGACAUGCUGCUGCAGGUAAAUGACAUCAACUUUGAGAAUAUGAGUAACGACGAUGCAGUGCGGGUGCUGAGGGAGAUCGUACACAAGCCAGGGCCCAUCAUCUUGACAGUGGCUAAGUGCUGGGACCCUUCUCCUCAGGGCUACUUCACUCUGCCUCGCAAUGAACCCAUCCGACCCAUUGACCCAGCGGCGUGGGUGAGCCACUCUGUGGCUAUGACCGGGGCCUACCCCGCCUUCCCAGGCAGCUCCUCCCUCAGCACCAUCACCUCUUCCUCCUCCGUCACUGAGACUGAACGUUUUGAUGACUUCAACUUAUCACUGCACUCUGACAUGGCAUCGGUUGCCAAGGCCAUGGCCUCACCAGAGUCUGGUCUGGAGGUCAGGGACCGCAUGUGGCUUAAAAUCACCAUCCCCAACGCUUUCCUCGGCUCAGACGUAGUGGAGUGGCUCUUCCACCACAUUGAGGGAUUCCAGGACCGCCGUGAAGCCAGGAAGUACGCCAGCAACCUGCUGAAGGCCGGCUUCAUCCGGCACACCGUCAACAAGAUCACCUUCUCCGAACAGUGUUACUAUGUCUUCGGAGAUUUAAGCGACUGUGAGAACUACAUGGCCAACCUGUCCUUGAAUGACAAUGACGGCUCCAGCGGGGCCUCAGACCAAGACACUUUGGCCCCCCUGCCCCUCCCUGGGGCCUCCCCGUGGCCCAUGAUGCACACCUUCCCAUAUCAGCCCUACCCCACACAUCCCUUCUCCAGCCAGCCACCUCCGUACCACGAGCUUACCAGCUACAGCUACGCCCCCGGCAGCACCGGCAGCCAGCACAGCGAAGAAAAACCUACAGCUCUCAUGAAAAUUCAUCAGAGUGGCAGCACAGGGAGCCGAAGCAGCGGAUCGACGAGAAGCGAGGGCGAGCGACGCCGCAGCACUAAAGGUCCCGGCAGCACCGUGGGUGGAGGGGAGAAAUCCCCCUCAGGCGGAGGUGGGGAAGGUGGCGGGGCUGACUCGCGCUCCGGCAGCGGCAGCGAAUCAGAAUACUCCACCCGCAGCAGCCUGAGGCGUGGCCACGGUUCAGCCGCCCCCAGCGAGCACAGCCACGCCUCCUCCCAGCGCUCGCAUCAUCACCGCAUGCCCCAGCCGCCCCACAUGUCUCCCUACCCUCCGGGCAUCCUGCCUUACAACCCCAUGAUGGUGAUGAUGGUACCCCAGCACCCACAUGCGGCCAUGGCAGCCGCCCACGCUCUUCCUCACACGCAGCAACUGGCCACAGCCAUGCACCCUGCUCUACCACCGCCCCCUUCCUCCACUCCCGGGGGGCCUCCUGGCGCCCCGCCCACCCGUGACCUAGGCUCCGUACCCCCAGAGCUGACUGCGUCGCGUCAGUCGUUCCACCUGGCCAUGGGGAACCCCAGCGAGUUCUUUGUGGAUGUCAUGUAGUUUUUCCCCUAUCUUGGUGUUGAGUGACCAUUCAUGUGAAGUUAGUGCACGGUUCCCACUUGUUUUGACGAGGAUAUGGUGGUAGCUUUUUGAGCUCACAAGGGCCGAUUGGAUUGAAGGCACUUGUUACAAAUUUGGUGAGAACAGGGUUUAAGAUUGACAAAGAAAACAAGACAAAAUUAAAACACAAUUAAAGUGGGAUAUGGUCUGACUGUAUGUCUACGAAGUCUAGUUUCUCUCAUUCAAAUCCACUACAUAACAUUUUUAAUCCUAAAUGCGAAAAGACCAGUUCAACCUACUUAUCUCAGUAAUGAGUUUGUUUUUUCUCAAAAAGCAAACUCUCAAUACAAUAUUUAGAGUGCCUAUCAGAACAGAAAUAUAAUAUUUUAGGAGGGGAUGCACCUCCACAAACUAGCUACUUACGUCAGAGCUGUCCAUGCAGGAAGCGCACAGACUGCAGUUUUACACCAGGUACACUGUACUUGAAAACGGAUACAAUCUUGUAAACAUAUCUGGAUCAUCCUGCCAGAUUCAGUGGCAGCGCAGGAGCAUUUUGAGUGCCUUAACUGUUGGCAUUUUUAGAGACUUUUUCACACUCCAGGUACAUAAAAUAACUCAUCUUGUUCUAGCAUUGUUUGACAAUGAACCUCUCUGUGUAUAUAUCUACUACUCCCGUGUAAAAUGCAAACACUACAGAGCAGCGAGCUCGAAUGUGAAAAGAAAAUAGGUCCAAAAAUGUCAGGUGAACUUGUCUUUAGUAAUCACUGUCUUGGCCUAGCCGUGAAAUGACUCUCAUUGCGAGUGAGUUUUCAGUGUGGGACUGUAGAGGCUUAACGGUACUCAUAGCUGAAAAGACGAGAAAUUGAAACCGGUACUUUUUGAUUACGUACAGUGUAUAUCUUUAAGAACUGUGAUCCAAAUGCCCCAGCUCCCCAUGCUUAUUUUUACUGACUUGCAUUAUUCACCCAUUUCAUUUUUGUAUGAGUGACUAUAUAAAUCAUGUGUAACCGAACUAUUAAAGGUGCUAAAUGAAGAUUUGACAUUUCUAAAAAGAAUGACAUUGACAGUGUCACAUUGUUUGAUUUCAUAUCGACACCUUUUUGUUUGUGUAUUUGAGAAUAAAUUUGAUACUUACAUACUG